GAAAUGUAUGUCCGGAAAUGUUACCGGAACUGCGGAAGUAGGACGAGAGCCGAAUCAUCAAGCACGGGCCGUGUAAGUGUAGACAUAAAAGUGUUUUUGUUGAACAAUGUCGUGAACAUAGCUUAUAGUCUGUCCGUGUAUUAGCUGGCGACGAGAACAAGAAACUAUAUGUUGUAUACAGCCUUGGAUAGCUUCUCAACGGAAGUGCGGCCAUAAUUUGAUUAAAACUGUUGGAUGUUGAAAUGAUGACAGCAACGAGCUAUUUAAAGACGAUGCAGCAAAUAUUCCGAGAGUUGGUUCCGGUGUUGACGAGUGGGAAUUUCGUCAUCAUCCUCACGUCGUGUGCGGUGUUCGGCAGCGUGGACUACUUCCGCUUGGCUCCAGGGAGCCUGAGUGUUGGCUCCAGUGUUGUCCUGCAGGGCCAAGUUCACAGAGUCCUCACUCACCCCUUCUACCACAGGAGCCUGGACCAGCUGCUCCUCAGCAUCUGCACCAUGCUGUUUCUGGGUGCCGGUCUGGAGAACGGCGUGGGGACUGUCCGCUUCCUGUUGGCGUGCGUCCUGAUGUCCGCCGUCACUGGUUUGCUGUACGCCUUCCUGGAUGUGCUGCGGGACAGCCAGGCGCCCACGGAGGGCUUGGUGCCCACGGCCCUGGCCUGCAUGGCCCUCACCACCGCCCGCACUAAAACGACCAAAGGGUUCCUUUGUGGGGUCAGCGUCCCCGCCGUGGUCCUCCCGUGGGUGUUGGUCCUCAUCACCGGCGUCCUCGUCCCUCACACCGUGCCACCGUGCAGCAUCGUGGCUGCCCUGGUGGGAUGGACCCACGGCAGGGGAUGGUUCUCCCUGGUGGACAUCUCCGAGUCAGGGGCGGCUCUCGUGGAGAAGAGCGCACCUUUCCGCCUGUUGAGGGGCGUGGGCGUGGUCUUGUUUGUGCCGGCCUCCGCUGAGGAGAGGAGGAGGACCCUGCUGCCGCAGAUAAACCCGCCGCCGGGCUCCUACCCGGUGCAGGCCUACGCACCUGUGUCAAGUGCCACUGUGGCUGCUGGGAGCACGGGCACCAUGCAUGAGGGGUGGAGGAACUCCCCCGGUUCUGGGGUCGGUCCAGGACAUCUCCCAGCAGGCGAGGGACACGUUUUACAGGAAAGCUGCGAACACAGCAAUCACGCUCAUCUUCAGUGGUAGUCCCUUUUUUUUUUUUUUUUCCUCUGUUCAGUUUUUUGUGCACUAUUGACAUGAUUGGACCAUCUUCACCCUGUGACUGGGAUCAAAAUGUCCCAUGGGCAAUCCAUCCAUUUCCUUCGGCUUAUCCGAGGUGGGGUUGCGGGGGCAGCAGCCUAAGCAGAGAAGCAAAUACUUCCCUCUACCCAGCUCCUCAAGGGGGAUCCCAAAGUGUUCCCAGGCCAGCCGGGAGACAUAGUCUUCCUCAGUAAAUUCACCAAAACGUCACCGUGGAGUUAUUGAGUCUGUUUAGCUGAUUGGAGAGCUAUCUUGUGCAGCUAGUGGAUCCAUGACCAUGACUUCCGUUUUGUUUGAUCAUCGGUUUCACUGCCGUAUUACAGACACCGUUUGGGAAGAAUUAAGGUAUGUAAAUAAACAUUUACAGAAUA